AUGGCGACCGGUGAGAGGCGAUCAAAUCUCAGGUUGUUCAGGACGUCAUUGAUUCUGGGCCAAGGCGACACACGCAUGACUCGCCAUGGAGACUGUCUCAGACUGUGUACCUACAACGCGAGAACAGUGUCCACAGACGCUGACCUCCAUGCCCUUCUCGAAGCUGCAGAGCGUAUCAAAUUUGACGUGAUUGCUCUGCAGGAAACCAAGUGCAGAAGGAGCGAUGUACGACAGAUGAAUAACGGUACACUCGUCAUUCGUGGAGAGAAGGUUCCGUCGCGAAAUGUAGGCGGUGUUGGUUCUGUUGUGCACCCAUCUGUCGUCCAUCUUGUCGAUUCUCACGAGAUCCUGUCACCUCGUCUGGCCAUUCUUCGCCAAAAAUCCAUCAAUAUCAUCAACUGCUACUCACCAACAUCAGCAGCUGAUGAACCCGAAUUGGACGCGUUUUACGAGGAGCUGGAGGAAGUAAUCCGCAACGAGAAGUCCUUCUACAAAUUCGUUGUCGGAGAUUUCAACGCAAAACUAGGAAAGGCCACAGAAGAGGAAUACAGGAUUGGAAGAUUUGGACUAGAGGACCGGAAUGAAAAUGGCAAUCGCCUCGCCGGGCUGUUGUCCGCCGCUCGCCUUUUUCAUGGGAACUCUCUUUUCAUGAAAAAAGAUUAUCGUCGGUGGACAUGGGAAUCGCCCAAUGGCGCUACUCGUGCGGAGAUCGACCACAUACUCACCAACCGGAGGUGGUGUCUACCUGACGUCUCAGUAGUACCAUCCUUUUCUAGUGGUUCUGGUCACCGUCUCCUUCGUGCGAAAAUACGACUUAGCCACACGAUGGAAAAGAACAUCUGCUAUCGGCAACGAAGGAGAAAAGAAGUCGUCUACGACGAUUGCGUACUCGAGGACUCCUUAUCUCAAGAGGAAGCCUGUGCUGAGCGUGCCUCGAAGCCGCGCACGACAAACUUAGAUCGAAUUUCGAAGACCACCGAGGAAUUGUUGGGAAGAAGAAGGGCUUUGAGGCUUGAUCCGAAUGCAUCGCACAUUGAGCGGCAGAAGAAGAUUCUGGAAGCAGCACAAAGAAGAACGAGUCUAAAGAAAUGCCGCAGGGAUCUCCGCGAAUAUAAUAUUCCGCUAUCAGCCUUGCUGAGCGAAGAUGGGACUCGCACGUCUUCUCGUCGUGAGAUAGAAAUCAUUACGGAGAGGUUCUACUCGAACCUUUUCCGUUCAUUAACUCCUGUGUCAAGCCCGAUCAUUCCCACUGAUGAAGCUCCACCGCGGAUUCUCGUUUCGGAAGUACGAGUCGCUAUCAAGAGCAUGAAACCUGGCACAACCCCCGGAUCUGAUUUUAUAUCAGCAGACUUUCUCCGGGCUGGUGGCCAUCAGCUUCAUGUAAUCUUAGCAGCGCACAUGACAUCCUACCUUCAGAAAGAAAGGAUCCCAGACCACUGGAAGACGUCGCGAACCGUUCUUAUCCAUAAAAAAGGUGACCGAGAGGACCUUCGGAACUACCGUCCUAUAUGCUUGCUGAGCGCGUUAUACAAAGUAUUCACCAAGAUCAUCCUCACGCGCAUAUCUAGGACGCUGGAUGAAGCCCAGCCUCAAGAGCAAGCUGGAUUUCGCCAAGGGUUCAGCUGCUUGGACCACAUCCAGACCGUGUCGAGGGUCAUAGAGGUUUGCCGAGAAUACCGCCUGCCCCUUGUUCUAACCUUCGUCGACUAUGAGAAAGACAGACAGCGUAGAAACGAAUGCAAUACUGUCAGCGCUGGUCGAUCAGGGUGUGGACGCGUCGUAUGUGAGGACAUUAGCCAAUUGCUACGAUCGAUGCUCGACUAG